CUGGAGUCCGCCACUUACAUCAAGCUACCUCAUUAAAUAACCAUCCUAUUCUACACAAAGAAAAAAAACACAGAGAUCGAGAGAGAAUGGCAGGAGGAAGAACAAGGCAUGAGUCGAGGGACGAUGAUGACCAUGAUACGAAUUUGGGAUUAAACAAGUACCCAGAUAAGCUACCACUUGGUACAUCAGUUCCAGAUUCAUCAAAGGACUACAAAGACCCUCCUCCCGCACCCAUGUGGGAACACGGCGAGCUCAGAAGAUGGGCCUUUUGGAGAGCUGGUAUUGCUGAAUUCGUCGCUACCUUCUUGUUCGUCUAUGUCUCCAUUUUAACUGUCAUGGGUGUUCUUCGUACUCCCAACAAGUGUAAUACUGUUGGUAUUCAGGGUAUUGCUUGGGCUUUUGGUGGCAUGAUCUUUACCCUUGUUUACUGCACUGCUGGUUUUUCUGGUGGACACAUAAACCCAGCAGUGAGCUUUGGGAUGUUAUUGGCAAGGAAAUUGUCGAUAACAAGAGCAGUAUUCUACAUGUUAAUGCAGUGUUUGGGAGCCAUUUGUGGUGCCGGGGUGGUUAAAGGGUUCCAACCCACCCCAUAUGCUUUAUUGGGUGGUGGUGCCAAUGUGGUUGCUGAAGGUUAUACAAAGGGUGCUGGUCUUGGUGCUGAGAUUGUUGGCACUUUUGUUCUUGUUUACACUGUUUUCUCUGCUACUGAUCCCAAGAGAAUUGCAAGAGACUCUCCUAUUCCUGUUUUGGCGCCUCUCCCAAUUGGAUUUGCGGUGUUUUUGGUCCACUUAGCAACUAUCCCAAUCACCGGAACAGGCAUCAAUCCAGCUAGGAGUUUGGGAGCUGCAAUCGUCUACAACAACAGGCUAGGAUGGGAUGACCAAUGGAUAUUCUGGGUGGGACCCUUCAUUGGAGCCGCUCUUGCUGCUGUGUACCACCAGAUUGUUCUGAGAGCCAUGCCCUUCAAGUCCAAGUCUAGCAGCAAAACUAUAGCUUCUACUCCAUAGUUUGCUUAAUUAAUUUGGAAUUAUAUUAAUUAAAUAUAGUUCUUUUUAAUUUAUCUUUUUUUUUUUUCCUCUCUCUCCUCUGAAAUCUCCAUUUUAUUUUGUCGAUCAUUUUGUGCUUAAUUAAAUGUGUGUAUUAUUAGUACUAUUACUAUUAUCGGGAACAAGAUCAGCUUGUUGUAAUUAAUGGGUUUUGUCCAUUUCGAUCA